AUGGUGGCCAAGAUAGCAGACCUGGGCGUGCCUCGUAUGAGAGCUGCAGCCACCAUGACAAAGGCAUCUGGUGCUGGCGUUUAUAUGCCUCCAGAGGCUCUAGAAGACAGGGAUCAAGGUGAAGAAGAAGAGGUUUCGAAAGCAAAAUACAGCUCGAGCAUUGACAUCUUCGCAUUUGGUGUUGUUGCCAUUUUUACACUCUGCCAAACCUUUCCCAGCAAAUUGCUAGCUCCUAAUUAUCGUGAGCAUGGUCGUUUGGUUGGUCGGACUGAGUUGGAGCGACGGGAGAGGUACAUGAGGAUGAUCUGCAGGCAGCUACACGAGAAGCAUCCUCUCCUCCAGAUGAUCGAGGGGUGUCUGAACUUACCUGAAAACCGGCCAAGCAUUCGUGAGGUGCUGCGUCUGUUGGAGGAGGCCAGAGCUGAAGUGAGAGAUGAGCAGACAGACAUGAACAAAUUGGAGCUGUUACGGGCUCUGCAGAGCCAAAAGCAGCGUAUCUACCAGAUGAGACAGAAAGAGACUGAGUUAAGCCAGCAGCUACAUUCU